CUUCAACUUUCCUCUUUUCUUCUUCACUCUCUUCCCUUUAGGGAUUUUUCUCUCUUCCUCUGGAGAUGGAUCGGUGAUCUUCCGGUGCUCCUGGAGGAUUUUGAUCUCUUCUUCGAGCAGUUUCUUUGUCUGAUCGUUUUCCGGGAAUUUUGAGGUUUCAAGUCACAGCUUGGAGAUUCGACUCAUCCAGAUUGAUAUUCAGCGAUGGAGGAAGCCCAAUCAGUUGCUUUGCUUAUGGACUCCACCUCGUCCAAGAUUCAGCAGCUUCAGAAGGCCUUUGCUGAACUUGAAAGUCAGCGUGCCAUAACACUUAAUUUGAAAUGGAAGGAACUUGAGGAACAUUUUCAUGGGCUGGAGAGGUCCUUGAAGAGACGGUUUCAUGAGCUGGAAGACCAGGAGAGAGAGUAUGAAACCAAAACAAGGAAAGCCCAAGAAUUGCUGGAGAAAAAGAAGGCAGCUGUGGAAGCCAAGGAGAAGGCUUCACUUGAGAGGCUUCAGAAGAAGAGAGAUGCUGCUGUUCUUGCCAUAACCAGUGCUUUGGACAAGUACAAGAAUGUGCCGUCUGCUGAGCCUGUUAGUGUCACCACUCUCGGUGAAAUUAGGGCUGAAAAUGCUGUGGAGGAUUCACCCGAUGGCUUUGCCCAUGACGGCAUUACUGACGAUUAUCCAGAUGGUACUGUGGAAGAUGUUCAGAGCUCACCUGAGAUGGAAAAUUUUGAGGUGAAGGCUUACCCCCAAUUACUGAAACUGUGUGAAGACAUGGAUUCCACGGGGCUCCAUAAAUUUGUUUCAGACAACCGUAAGAACCUUGCGGCUCUUAAGGAGGAGAUUCCAUUUGCUCUCAAGGCAGCAGCUAACCCAGCCAGUUUGGUAUUGAACUCUUUUGAAGGGUUUUACCCGGUGGAGGCCCAAAAUGCUGAUGGGAAGAAAGACCCUAACCUCUUGGGUAUACGCAGGACCUGUAUCAUGUUGAUGGAGUGCCUUAGCAUUUUGUUAUCUGGUCUCGACCCAACUUCUCUUGCUGCUGUACUCUCUGAAGAUGUUAAGCAGAGAGCAAAGAUUAUUGCUGAAGGAUGGAAGCCGAUGCUCGAGACUCUGGACAUCGAUGCUAGCAAUGGGAAUUCAUUGGAGGCUCAUGCUUUCCUGCAACUGCUGGCCGCUUUCGACAUUGCUUCUGAAUUUAAAGAGGAAGAACUCUACAAGCUGGUUCCCAUGGUUUCUCGACGCCGUCAGGCUGCUGAGCUGUGCCGCUCUCUUGGAUUAUCUGAGAAAAUGCCCGGUGUGAUUGAAGUUCUUAUGAACAGUGGAAGGCAGAUUGAUGCGGUUAAUUUGGCUUUUGCCUUCGAGCUCACAGAACAGUUUCCGCCUCUGGCUUUACUGAAAUCCUACUUGACUGAAGCAAAGCGAACUUCUUCACAAGGCAAACCUGGCAAUGCAUCAAUCAUUGUUCAGGAUGAGUUCAACGAGCGAGAGCUAACUGCCCUCAAAGCAGUCAUCAAGUGCAUAGAAGAGCAUAACCUGGAGGAGCAAUACCCAGUUGACCCACUUCACAAACGGGUUCUCCAGCUUGAGAAAGCGAAAGCAGACAAGAAAAGAGCGACCGAACCCACUAAACCCCAGCCAAAACGACCACGUGCAAACCAAGCUGCUCAACCCCGGGUCACUAACACUGGCACUGACAGCAACAAGGCAGGAUACAACAGAGUCCCUGACCGGUAUCCACAGUAUGUGUAUGAGAACAGACCUUUCCUCAACGGCCCGUUCUUGGCAAGCCCAGCUCCUCCCCCUCCGACAUACACUUUCCCUCCCACGCACGCACACUGGAACUUCUACGGGAACUGCUACCAGUACCAGGCUGCUCCUCCUCCUCCUUACUUCCACUAAUCAGACCACUGGCAGAGAAGAGAAGGUGACUGUGACUGUGACUGUGACUCCUAUGGUUAACUUUGUGGCAGCUUUUUUAACCUCUCUAGUCUUUUACUUCCUUUGAUGUUGCUGUGUACGGGUGAUUUCUAGUAUUUGCAGGACCAACUCCCGCCAAAAAAAACUAAGAAACAAGUUCCUACUGUUAAUUAUAUCAUGAAUGUUGUAUAAGUUGAUACUUUGUUCCCACCCUUUGUUAUACACAUAUAUUUAUAUA